AGGGCCCGGGGGAGCGCGGGGCGCUGCUGCCGCCGCUGCACUGCUCUGUUCCGUCUCCUGGGCAGCGCCGGGGCCAGCGGCCGCGGCGGCAAAGGAGCGGCCCCCGAGAGCCGCGCUCCGCCGAGAGUUGGGCAGGGGGGCGCCCGCGCCUCCGCGGCGUCAUGGGCCCCCUCCCCGGGCCUCAGCCGGCACCAGUCGCGGGAACCCCCGGGCCUCCUCGCGCCCAAGCCUGAGCGACCCCCGGGUUCUCCGGCGCCCCCUCCUUUGCCGUAUUUUUGCCUCGUCUCGCCACCGCUACUGCUUCUGCUCUCCGUUAUGGCAACAGAGCCGCCAUCCCCACUCCGGCUCGAGGCGCCCGGCCCCCCAGAAAUGCGGACCCCACCGGCGAGCGAGGCCACCUCUGAGGGUACCCCGCAGCCGGCGGGCAGCAGGCUCCGCUUCCUCAACGGCUGCGUGCCCCUCUCGCAUCAGGUGGCCGGGCACAUGUACGGGAAGGACAAAGUGGGUAUCCUGCAGCAUCCAGAUGGCACAGUUUUGAAACAGUUACAGCCACCUCCAAGGGGCCCAAGAGAGCUGGAAUUCUAUAAUAUGGUUUAUGCUGCUGAUUGUGCUGAUGGUGUUCUUCUAGAGCUACGAAAAUAUUUACCAAAAUAUUAUGGCAUCUGGUCACCUCCCACUGCACCAAAUGAUUUAUACCUAAAACUGGAAGAUGUGACCCAUAAGUUUAAUAAGCCCUGUAUAAUGGAUGUAAAGAUAGGGCGAAAAAGCUAUGAUCCUUUUGCCUCAUCUGAGAAGAUUCAGCAACAGGUCAGCAAGUACCCAUUAAUGGAAGAGAUUGGGUUCUUGGUGCUUGGCAUGAGGGUUUAUCAUGUUCAUACUGAUAGCUAUGAGACACAAAACCAGCACUAUGGAAGAAGCUUAACAAAGGAAACUAUAAAGGAUGGUGUCUCCAGGUUUUUUCAUAAUGGAUUCUCCCUAAGAAAAGAUGCUAUUGCUGCCAGUAUUCAGAAAAUUAAGAAAAUUCUGCAGUGGUUUGAAAGCCAGGAGCAGCUUAACUUCUACGCAAGUUCAUUACUGUUUGUUUAUGAAGGUUCAUCUCAGCAAACCACUACAAAAUUGAAUGACAGAACUUUGGCAGAAAAGUUUUUGUCCAAAGGACAACUGUCAGACACAGAAGUACUGGAAUACAAUAAUAACUUUCAUUUGUUAAGUUCCACAGCAAAUGGAAAAAUAGAAGCUUCAGUAGGCAAAAGCUUGUCCAAGAUGUAUGCUCGUCACAGAAAAAUGUAUUCAAAAAAGCAUCACAGUCAGACUUCAUUGAAAGUUGAAAAUAUGGAGCAAGACAAUGGUUGGAAAAGCAUGUCACAGGAACAUUUAAACGGAAAUGUACUUUCCCAACUGGAAAAAGUUUUCUACCAUCUUCCCACUGAAGAGAUUGCAGAAGUAGAAGUGCGAAUGAUAGAUUUUGCUCAUGUGUUCCCUAGCAACACAGUAGAUGAGGGAUAUGUGUAUGGGCUAAAGCAUUUAAUUACUGUACUUCAAAGUAUUUUAGACAAUUGAAUCCUUUGCAGUCUUUUUAAGGGGUGGGCCAAUCAUAAUGAAGAGCAGCAGUCAAUAUCUCUGUACCUGUAAUGCUAUGUACAAAAUUUGUAUUGUGAGUCAACAUUUUAUUUGUCUUUAUACUUUUGGAAGAAAGUUUAACUUUUUUAUAAUCUUACUCAGGAAAACUAAUUAUUUGUUCAGUAGAAGACUAUGAAGAAUAAAGAAACUUAAGAAUGUUAAGCAGGGAUGUGGUGGUACUUGGCUUACACAUCUAAUUUGACUCAACAAAAUGCAAACCAUUAUUCAGUCAUAAAGAGUUUAGUUAGCUUUCUGUAGCCAAUUUAUCAUGAAAUCUCUGUCCACCCAACCUUGAGAAUGAGCCAUAUCUAAAUUAUUGCUAAACUAUUAGAACACCAACAGAAAUCUAGAAAGCACAGGUUGAUGUUGUCUGUAUUGCUAUGUAUGAAAUUAUUAAAACUGGAGAAAAUUCUACUUCAGAAAUAAGUACUGUUUAGGUUUUGCAUUAAAAGUUCAGACCAGCAUAUCAAAAGGUGCUUCUUAGUGAAAUUAUUUAAAAUUGUUGCAUUCUAAAAGCAGGUUUUCCCUUUAAUUUUCCUUUUUAUAUAUAUUUCAAAAUAUUAUACUUCAUGAAAAAGAUAAUUGAGAUGGACAAAAACAACAGCAAAAAUCUUGAAAUUAAGGGCACUAAUUGUUCUCACCAGGAUUAGGAGAAGAAAAGUUAUUUGUAAGGAACAAAAUAUUUUUCUUUUAAAAUCUUUCAUUUAUGAGAAAAUUGGAAUAUAUGUUUACUACAUUGUGAAAAGUGGCAUAAACUGUAUAAUACCUUUUUCUCUAACUGCAUCUUCAAAAAAGUGAAUGAUCGAAGCUUUGUUUAUUUUUCUUUGAACUUUUGAGAUUUUUUUCCUUUCAAAUUAAUGUAUUUUUAUGUCCCCUUUCAAUUAUGCAGUAGUAUAAAUGUACAUUGCUAUAAAUAGUGUUUCUCAAAAUUCUCUAAAAUCAGUGAAAGACAGCAUCCAAUCAUGUGUUAUCAAAAGUACUAUGUGUAAAUUAGUGCAUCAUACAGGGUUUGGUACAUAUCUAAACCCACCCUUCUAUUUCACUCUUGUUCAAAACAGGUUUAUAUCAUAUUCAACAGAGAAAUUAUAAUUUAUUUCAUGGGGGCAAGGGAAAUGUUACUUUUCCUGGAACAAUUAGAUUUGUAAGUUUUAUCUUUGUUUCAUACCCACCACCUUUUAGAAAAUAACUAGUUAUUUGUCAUUGAAAACAUUUAAAACUUUGAAAGUGAAUUUUCAAAUACAUUUGAUGUUAGUGCCGUCACUACUUGCACUUCGAUUCACUCAUAUGUCUAAGUAGUUUAACAGUUUUGCCAUAUUCCUGGAAAAUGUUUUAGAAUUGUGAAUUAUCAGACUUUUUUCUCCUCGUUUUCUUCUAGAGUUACAAAUUAAACUUCUAAAUCCAAGCGCCUUUGUUGUGGUGUGGAGAAAAAUAUUGCAAUUUUAUGUUUAUCUUACUUUCCCAACUCUUUCUGGGGGUACUUUGCAACUACCUGAGUCCAAACAGAAGUACCAGAUGCUUUGUGAAUUCUAUGCUUAGUAAAUCAGUUAAACCAGAAUAACUUUAAAAAUCAUAUGCAUUUUGUUAUAGCAAAAUUUGAUUGCUUUUAAUUUUUCAUUUAGAAUCAGUGUAAGAAUUUUUCAUAAAGACUUAAUAUUUUUCUCCACUCUCUAAAUGGGUAUUGGCUAUAGUUUUUUUGUGGGGGUGGCAAUGAAUUUCAAGUCAUAAGUGACAGAAAAUUUUUGGAUUUACUUUUUUUCUCUUACAAUUUGGACUUUUGUUGUUAUUUGGGUAGUGGUUCAAUAAAUCUUCAGUUCAGAUAAUUUAACACUAUUUUGAAUCUUAAGACAGGAGGAUUUCUUGUAUGAGAUGGUAUCAGCCUAUGUACAAUGACUUUAAUAAACAAGUAUUAUCAGAUUUUUUUGCACAUUUUAGCUCAAUAAAGUCUGAAUUAACUGUUCCAGAUUUUCUUUAUCUGUAUUUGGAAAUAAUAGUUUUGUAAAAUCAGUGUCUUUUUGAUACAAUAGAUCAUAUUUUGUUUUGUUUAAUAAAACAAGAAGCGCUUUUAUCUUUUGUUUUUCAGGGAAGGGAUUAACAUUUAAUUCUAUGUUUACAUUUUUUAUCACUGUUAUUCAAUGCUCAUUUUAUGUUACUUUAUAAGUAAGCAUACAUGUAACAGAAUAAGUAUCUGUUUAUGUAAUCUACAUGUGACUUUUACUAUAUAGUCCAGUCAUUUAAGAUUAUGUUGAAAUCUACCACUGUGGGAAUGAAUGAUCACUAUUCAUGAAGCAAAGUUUAACAGGUAAAUGUUUAAGAAAUAAGCAUAAUAUGGGUAUAGUUGGGUUAAUAGAAUUAUCUUAGUAAUGAUUUUAGUGUAUUUCUUAGGAAAUACGCUCAUCUAAAAAGGACUUUAGGAAAUUGUGGAUGUGAAUAAUAUUUCUCUAAUAAAAAUUUAAAUUGUAUAAUAGUUUUAUAAUAAAGUAUUUACAUUAAUUGAUAUUUUAAUAUGGAUGGAAGCUGCAUAGAUUCAAAUAAAUUAAAAUCAGUGAUAAAUGCUAAAUAUUUUAUCUAAAUAGUUUUUCAAGAAACAGUUAUGAAAAUGUGUAUAUUAAAUGGCUCUAACAUGGAGCUUGUGGUAUUUCAACUCAGUAUUCUUUGUUUUAUGUGUCUGGAAAGAUUGUAUUUACUUUGCCUCUUUACACUACAAUUUGCUAUUGUGGGGCUCCAGACUGUGUUCAACUGAAUAAGAACUUUUCUGAAUUCUGAUUGAGUGUAAUUUAGUAUUUUAUGAUUUCCAAGAUAUUCUUCAUAUCAUGUCUAUAAAGUCUCUAUCAAAUUUGUAACAUCAUUUAAGAAAAAGGAAUUAAUUUCCAUAAAUGUUUCAGUUGCAAUUUUUUUUUUUGUUUCAUGCAACUGAAAACAUUUGUUUCUAGGAUUUGGAAUAUUGUAGAAGAUGUAGGGUGAAAGAAAAUGGUAGAACAAUGAAAGAAUUUUAUUGGUGAAAUUAGAGAAAUCAUGUCCACCAUUAUAAAGCAUUGUCAUCAUUUUUAGUACAUUUUCUCUUAGCAGUUUGGCAUUUUAUACUCUAAAACUUGAUUUACUUUAAAAGUUGUUUACAAUGCUUUGUAAUUAUCUUUCUUAUCCAGUGCCUUUAACCUUGAUUUGAUACAUUUGUAGCCUCAGUUAUUUUAUUACAUCCUGUAAUGUUUUCAUAGCCUAGGAGAUAACAAUUUUUUUGAAAAAUUGUAUCAAUCUGGUUAUCUAAAGAGGUAGCAGUCUGCUUUGGGAAAACAAGUAGGGUUGCCUUUGGAGGUCAGCUUCUUAGUGAAUUCAAAAAUAUUGGAUGUAUACCACGUGCCAAGCAUUUUUAGCCCCCCAGUAUACAGUGUGAACCAAUCAGACAAGGCUCUAACCAUUUGUCACAUUCUGUCUAGAUGGGGUGGGGUUGGGGGCUUAAUUAAAAGAGAGAUAUAGAGAAAUAUGCAUUUGAAGAUAAUAAAGAUAACUAACAUUUGAGUUUGUGUAAAGAUAAAGUAAUAAAUAUUGAGAUGAAGCAAAUAAUAGGUUAGAAAUAAUUUCGCAGCAUUGUAACCUCUAUUUGACUUCUGAGUUUGAGUAAUAGUUAUAAAUAGCAUUAAAAAAGCCUUAAUUUUUCACUUUUCUUUUUGGUAAAGGUACGUUUACUUAGAUCGUCCAUUUAGAGUAGUGUUUAACAUAACAUCACUGUGAAAACAUUAUAUAUUCACAAGCAAAUUAACUGCACAUUUUUUAUUUUACAAUUUAGUACAAAUCUUUUAGGCCUCCAUCUUAUCUUCAAAUCACUGGUAUUUUAAAUUUGACAAUGAAUAUGAAAUUACUUUUUGACUUAGAGUGAUUAUGUGGUUACUAAAAUACUUAAUAUUUUAGGAAGGUUGGGCCUCUAUCUUUUUUUGAGUUAAUAUUUAAAUUCUCAUUACUUAAUAGCCUCUGGUAAGUGCAAAUAGUACUCAUGCAAUUAAACAAAUCACUAUAUGCUUUCAAGAAUUUUUUAAAAUUUUUAAAUUUUGUCAUCGUUGGGGUUAAACUUUGGCCUGGUGUUCACUUACAGUAUAUAUUAACAGUUUAUGAAGUGAAAUAGUCUUAAGUAUGAUGUAUGAUGCACCUGCAUAUAAAUAAAAAUGGUGUGCACAAAGACACUUUACUAUGGGAACUGUACUGGAAGAUUUAUGAAAGCAUGUGAAAUUGCACCUAAAAUUGUGUUAUUAGUGACUAUAAGCAGCAAUGCUUAAUUUAUUGUACUUGAUGAAUGAAUGUACUUAGUCUAGUCAGUUAUUUUGGUUUAAAUGUCUAAAUAAUGUCUUUAGUUUUUUUUUAAAUGUGUUUGUAAUUUGUACUAUUGGGGGGGUAUUCUUGGACUGCAGGGGUUAUUGUCAAUGUGUGAUUUGUGUUUUUAUUUUAUAGAAUCAUCUAAUGUGAUACUGAUUUUUAUAAUUGAUAUUUAGAUAAUUCUAAUAACUGUAUAUUUGACAACCUAUUAAAAUGUUUUACAUUGGA